AUGCUGGUAGCUGUGGGCAAUGUCCAGAAGAUCAUUGGCAUGCCAAAGGCUGCUUGUCCUGUAUUGGGUGGUUUAGCUGUUGGGCUCAUAGCCUUGGCAUAUCCUGAAAUUCUUUACUGGGGUUUUGAGAAUGUUGACAUUUUGUUAGAAUCUCGCCCUUUUUUGAAAGGCCUCUCUGCUGAUCUAUUGCUCCAGCUGGUGGCAGUCAAAAUAGUAGCAACUUCUUUAUGUCGGGCCUCUGGGUUAGUGGGAGGCUACUAUGCCCCAUCUCUGUUUAUUGGUGCAGCUACGGGAAUGGCAUAUGGGAAAGCUGUCAGUUUUGCUGUUUCUCAACCCCAUCCAAUCUUUGAUAUCUCCUUUUUGGAAGUUGCAUCACCCCAAGCAUAUGGGCUGGUUGGCAUGGCUGCUACUCUUGCUGGGGUGUGUCAGGUACCUCUUACUGCAGUUUUGCUUCUCUUUGAACUGACACAGGACUAUCGGAUUGUUCUGCCCCUUCUAGGAGCUGUUGGAUUGUCUUCAUGGAUUACGUCUGGGCACACAGGGAGAAGGGACAGUGAUACUGCUAAGCAACUGAGAGAGGGAGAUUCCCAUGCUAGUCAACAGCCUGAAACAUCUUCCUGCAACCCAAGUCUGCUUUCCUCCUCAUAUUCACUUCCUGCAAAAGCUUUGUAUGCGAGUAGCCUUUGUGAACUUGAUAGUUCACUGUGUCUAGAUGAUACAGAUGAUGAUACCAAAGGGUUAGCAGAGAGGAUUCUUGUUUCACAAGCCAUGAGAACACAUUUUGUGACUGUCUGUAUGAGCACUUUGCUAAUAGAUGCAGUGGCUAUCAUGCUUGCAGAGAAGCAGUCUUGUGCAGUAAUAGUUGAUGGCAGCAGUCUCCUGAUUGGUCUACUGACAAUUGGAGACAUUCACGAAUUCAGCAAAUUGGCAAAGGCAAUAAGCAAAGGACCUGAGGAGCUUAUAGUGUCUGAAGUUUAUCCUUCAAAUAGUGAAAAGCAUCAGGGGUCAUGGACGGUAACCCCAAGCAUGAAUCUCCUUUCUGCUCAAAUUAUUAUGAAUAGACGCGGUAUGAGUCAACUACCAGUCAUCUCGGAGCAUGUUGCUGAUCGCAGGGGCCUCCCAGUUGGCCUUUUAGAUAGAGAAUGCAUCACUCUGGCUUGCAGAGCUUUGGCAACCAAAGAAUAUCUCCGAUGUUUCCCACAAUACAAAGACCCAGGAACUGAUUCGGCAUGAAGAACCUGUUUUUUGUCCUCCUUGCUAUCAUAAACCAUGUUCUUGGCAUCGCCGACAUGAAUUCUUCCAUCUUUUUCUGGUGAUCCCAGAGUCAAUCCAAUCUGGCAGGGUUCCACUGGCACCUACAAUUGCUGCUUUAGAGCUCAACAUCAUCCAGCAGGGUGAACCGUGUUUCCUCUGGAUGACGAGGCUACAGGUAAAUUGAUAUUCAAUACAUACUGAAGACUGAUUCAGGCAAGUGCAGAGCUGGUUUAGUAUUCUAUGAAAUUUAUUUUUGUGCACAAUCUCGCCAUAUUAUGUUGAGC